AAUUCUUGGCCAAAAAUAGCCAAGAACUUUUUGCUCGCCGGCGUGUACAUUGUUCGUCUGUAUAGACAAGGAUUCUUAACCGUUACAUUGUUUGGUGAAAUAUUGGAAGAAUCCAACGAAGUGAUGGCGACAGGGACAUAUAUCAUGGAACAACCAGAACAAGAACUCGAAGCUGCUAGAACUGACGAAAAGAUCGAUUAUCAAUCAGUAAAUCCUACAGACCCGCAAAAUAGCUCUCAAGAUAUAUCAUCAUCAGAUCCACCAAUAUCACCACAGCCCGAGCAGAGAAAGAACUCCUUCUUAGACAAAUACCUGAGUGAGAGUUCAGAGGAUGAAGAAGCUGAUGAAGAAAGCGAGGCGGAGGAAAAACGAAAAAACGAACCAAGGAAAAGCAAUAAGACGAAGAAGAAUGAGGCGAGGAAGAGCAAUACCAAGCAAGAAGAAAAAAAUAACCAACGAAACAAACGAGUAAAAAUAAAGAAAAAAGGUGAUUCAAGUGAGAAGAAGAUCGAAAAAGAAAAAGAUAUUGGAACAGAAAUAAGACGAUAUACUACGGGACGUCAGCCGUCUACAAAAUGGCAAAAUCUUCGACUUUUUGAAGAUGACAAUGUCGAAAGUGAUGAGGAAACGAAAAAUAAACAAACUCCUACGAAGGCAAGAAGCGUCAGAACUGAAAGUCGUAGGUAUACUGUGAUGUCCGAACGGAAGUCUGUCAUUGGACGAGCCGAUACAGAGAACAGUGAAAGCUCGACAGAAAGCCAGGAAGAAGAUGAUCGUGUCCUCGAUGGAAAAAUAAAUGCAGCCGAUUUACCUUCAGAGUUCUGGCAGAUUCAAAGAAUGGUUAAGUUUCUCAAGAUAGGCAACCCAACCGCCACAGUGCUUUGUUUGUGUGCUCUCAAAGACUUUAAUCUAUCACUGGAGAUGAGUCAAAUGGCGAUCCGUGAGGUAAACGGCCUGCGAGUACUGAUCAACAUCCUCAGGACAGAAAAUCAGCGAUGUAAGAUUGGAUCACUAAAUAUCUUAUUGCCUCUCACGACAAACAGCAAAUAUAAUAUCAAUAUUAUUAUCAAGCUGGGUGGAGUCCCAAUCAUGGUGGAUCUCGUCGCUAAUGGCGGCAAAGAAGUACAAGGACUAGCAGCAGCCACUCUUGCUAACCUGGCCAUGUCAAGCAGAGCGAGAAACAUCUUGAGACGAUGCGGAGGAAUACAAAAAAUGGUUAAACUCCUAAGAUUACAAAACGAGCAAGCAAAAAACAAUCCUUCAAAGUCUCAGGAACAGAAGAAGAUGGAUCUGGAAGUGUAUCGUUGUGCUGCACUCGCUCUGUGGAGCUGCAGCAAGAGUAGAUGCAGUAGAACAACCAUAUACAAAACAGGCAGUGUUCCAUUACUAGCAAAACUCAUUCAAAUUGAUCGAGAAGAAAUCCUUAUACCAGUAAUUGGUCUUGUACAAGAAUGUGCUAUCGAGGCUCGUUUUCGUCAUGCCUUCCUUCAAGAAAAUAUGAUCGAGACAAUCGUGCAACAUCUUCAAACAGAAAAUGAAGAACUUCAAACCUACUGCGCAAACGCAAUAUUCAAGUGUGCUGAAGACGAGGAGACGCGUAAGAUUGUGAAUCGAUUCGGCGGCCUAAAGCCAUUGGUAGCUCUUCUCUCACAAUCAGGAAACAAGAAGUUAUUGGCAGCUGUGACUGGUGCCGUAUGGAAAUGCUCCAUUAGCACAGAUAAUGCUCAAAGGUUUCUUGAAAUGAACAUUGUCGAAAUUCUCCUGAAAUAUCUACAGGAUCCUGAACAACAGCAGCCGGAAGACGUUGAGAUUCAUAUUGUUGGAGCUUUGGCAGAGCUUUCAAAGAUCGAUCUAGGUUGUCGAGAACUUCUUGCAUGCAAAGGCUGCAAGACUCUUGUAAAACUAUCCACAACACCUAAUGAGAAACUCGUCGAACAAGUUUCAAGGGCCAUUGCUGCCUCCUCAAAAUACCGGGAAUGCAGAGAUCUCAUUAAUCAUUUGGACGGGCUUCGAUUACUUUGGUCUUUAUUGAAAUCAAAUAACCCAAAGGUUGUAUCAAGUGCUGCGUGGGGGAUCUACGGUCUAACAGAGGAUACUCCUGACGCCUGGGAAAAUGCUCGAUCGUUUGUUGGAGGACUGGAACUCAUUGUUAAUUUAUUGAAGUCAGAUGACAUUGAGGUUUUAACAAGUAUUUGUGCUGCAAUUUCCAACAUUGCCAAUGAUUACGAGAAUAUUGGGGUUCUUCAAGAUUAUGGCGUGGUGCCAUUACUUGCCAAAAUGACUUCCAUUAACGACAUGGAAUUGCGUCAACAUCUUGCUGAAGCAAUAGCAAGAUGCAGUAAAUGGGAAAAUAACGCCCAAGAAUUUUCCAAAGAAGGGGCUGUGGAAGCCAUGGUUGAAUACUUGUCUACUGACGAUAUGAACGUGAAGCGGUCUGCAGUCCGCGCACUACAUCAGCUGGCCAAGAAUGCCGAUAGCUGCAUAAAAAUGCAUGAUAAGGGUGUGGUCAAGCCGCUGGUCCAGAUGGUGGGCUCAGAUGACGAAGCUUUGCAGGAAGCUGCUGCCUCUCCAACAUUAGAAAACUUGCUAUGGCCAAUGAAAAAGCAAGGGCAGAUAAUAAAGCGAGGACACCAGCAAGUGCUGAAGGAAGGGAUAAAAGUACAUCAGCAAAAAGUGAGCUCGAUGGCAGUACGGCGUAAACGGAAAUUAGUUAUUAUUUAAUUAGCGACAAGCCUAAAAGCGAUAGGUCGUUUCUCCCCUAUUCCCAUUGAAUCCUAUUUUCCCUGGGAAAAAUAGACAAAAAUGAUCCCAGUUCCCAUAUUCACUAAGGGACCAGGAGAAGGAAAAAAAUCUGUUGGCUUUUAGAAUAACGUAUAUGGAUUAUGUGUGUUGUUGUCGAAAUAUUCACUAUGUAUGGCUUCUAGCAAAGCGAGUCUAGAUAGAAACUAUAGUUUUAAAUGCACGCCAUGCAGGCAACGCUCACAACGUCAAAUCCCAGGUCCAUAUAAGGGAAAAAAAAUUGACUUUGAUAAAUUGAACAAAAUAACUUGUAUCGAGUAUACGUGUGUCGUUUUCAAAAUACUCACUAUAUUUUCUAGCAAAGGUCAAAACUACAUUCUGUGAAUUGCACUGUACAAGAAACACUCAAAACAUCUGUCAGGGUCCAUACGAUUUUUUCCACAGUUGAUUUUGAUAAAUUAAACAAAACAACGAAUA